AUGUUAUUGCGAGUGUAGCGAAACGCUGAAUAAAGAGCAGUGAAACUAUCAGGAACUGUGUACGGGUUCCUCCUUUUUUCACUGUUUCCAAAACUAAAAUAUGUUACGAACAGAGUGGAAAAUGUAUUUUUUAGAAAAACAUUUUAGAAACGUUGCCAACGUUUCUAAAAUGAUGUUCUUUAGAAGGAGUGCAUGUGCGAAUUGAGUUAUUAUACACGUUCACUUCAGAGUCGUUUACUAACGGAAAUACGCAAAUAUAUGCUAGAACGCGCCAAUAGGCUCUCGCUAGCUCGUGUUUGGCUCCGCCCACCUCGUUGUUUGUUCUAACCACUAGGAGUCAUUUGCGGACGUUGGAAAGUACAGACGGUGGUCUAUAUUUUGGUACGCUAGCAGUACAAGAAACAAAACCAACAAUUGCGCGCUGUAGCAGUACAGUGACGUGUUUUAUUAAGACUACACCGGAAAUAUCGCACGUUAGUAACAUGCAGUGACUCAACUACUGUGGCUCAAACUAUUGAUAUUUUGAAUCAGAAAAAAUUAAGUUGUCUAAUCUGUGGGUUUACUGAAUCCGGUGAGAAUUCCCUGUGUACAGAGUUAUUGCAAAUUAUGUUUUGGUAACUGGGAUCAGGAUGACCAAAGUAACCUUACCAGAUAUGCUUCCAGUGCAGAGAGACCUACACCCCAAUACCUGUACUAAACACAAACACCAAGUUGGAUGAAAUUGAAAAAAGGAAGAAGACUGGAUUGCAAACGGAUGACACUGGAUCUGGAAACAGUCAUAUACUGAGGAAAUACUCAGCAAACAUAUGCUGAGAAAUCAGCACCUGGUUAACAAGAAAAAGAAGAAGAUGAGUGGGACCAAGAAGACAUGCAAACAAGAAACCCAGUCACCAGCUCCCUCUUCCAGUGGACAGGCUGUGGAAAAACAGAACUUGGAGGAUUUUCAGGAUCCAGAGCCAGAGAAGACACAGGAACUGUAUGCUCAAAUGGAUAACAUCCUGGAUAGGGUAAAUCAAAACAACUUCCAGCAAUCGAUGUUGGCAAUUACUGAGUUCACCAUUAACACAGAGGCCAGACUGAAGGGCAUCAUUCACCUCAUAUAUGAGAGGGCCCUGGCACAUCCUACCAGGUCUGUGACCUAUGCCAACGUCUGCCGCUGCCUCAUGGGGCUUAGAGUACCCGCCGCUGCCAAACCAGGAGUGACAGUAAAUUUCCGCACCCUGUUUCUGAACCGAGUCCAAGCAAACUUUGAGAACAUGGCGAGAAACAGUUGCGAAAUCUUCCGGCAAAAACAGGAGAUGGUGGAUGCCAUCACCAAGGAGGAGGAGCGCCAGCGAGUGUGGGAGGAGCUGGAGGAGGCCAAGACCGAGGAGCGGAGGCAGUCGCUAGGCAAUAUCAAGUUAAUGUGUGAGUUGUUCAAGUUGAAGAUGCUGACUGAGCACGUCAUGCACGACGUCAUCGUACAGCUGCUGAAGAACCAAGAUGAUAACUCUCUGGAGGGUCUCUGCACAUUACUCUACACCAUCGGCAAGGACUUGGACUUUAAGAAGGCCAGGCCCAGAAUGGAUCAGUACUACAACAUGAUUGUGAAGAUUAUGAAGAAUAGGACAACCUCCCCCAGAAUCACAAGCAUGCUGCAGGAUGUGCUGGACCUCCGAAAGAAAGAAACGGCCCAGCUUGGUGAGUUGGUGGAAAAGAUGGAGAAGACCGGGCUGCAAGCUGACAGUGAUGCUGAGAAACACACGGGACCUGGAGACACAGAACCUGUUUUGCGUCCUCACUAUAAGUCAUUAGCCAUGAAGAAUCAGAAGCUGAUCAGCACAUCUAUACCACUACAGGAGAACACAUGUCCUCAUCAUGAUGAUAAGCUGAAAGCUGAAGACUCAGCUGCUGCUCGGGGGGCUACCAAAAAGAAAAAGGUGAAUGUGCAGUUGAAGACAUGCCAACAGAUAAUCCAGGAGAGAGAGGAGGAACUACAGAAACUGAGACAGGAAGUGGAGUCUCUAAAGUGCUUAUCACAGGCUACAAUAGAGGACAAUGAGAGGUUCUUCACCAAGCUGAUUGAGACAAGGUGCUCAGAGGUGAGAGAGGUGAUCCAAGCUAAAGAGAAGGAGAUGGUGAGUGAGGCUGAGGGACUCUUACAGACACUGGAGCAGGAGCUUGAUGAGCUGAAGAGAACCGAAACAGAGGGUAGACAGCUUCCACACAUAGAGGUCUACCCCCAUUUCCUACAGAAAUUGCCCAGCAUCACUGAGGCUUUUGAAGAAGUGAGGACAUGUGCCUCUGAAAUGCAACAGCAAUUUGAAGAUUCCUCCAAGUUGCAAUUUGUGGAGUUUUCUAAAUCAGUUGAAGAAAGUCUGGGACCAUACACUAUCAGUUCUCUUAGCACUAGCAGACAGGCAGUGGAAGAAAAGGACUUGCAGGACCUUGUGGACCUAGAGACAGUGAAGACAGAGGAAAUGUAUGAACAAAUGGAUAACAUCCUGACCAGCCUGACUCCCAAGAACUUCUAUCAGUCAAUGAAGGUAGUGAGUGCAUUCACCAUUGACACAGAGGACAAACUCCAGAGCAUCAUUGACUCUAUAUAUGAGAGGGUCAUCUUACACCCUACCAGCGCUGAGGUCUAUGCAAAGGUGUGCAACCAACUCAAGGGGCUCAAAACACCUGGAGUGACAGUAAAUUUCCACAAGCUGCUGCUGAACCAAUGCCAGAAGGGCUUUGAGAAGGAUAAUAGAAAGAUCUUAAAAGAAAAGCAGAGGGAACUCGACACCACCACUGAGGAGGAGGACCGUCAGCGACUGAGGGAGGAGCUGGAGGAGGCUAAGGCAGAGGGGCAGCGGGAGUUGCUAUGCAACAUCACAUUCAUCUGCCAUUUGUUCAAGUUGAAGAUGAUGACCGAGGGCCUCAUAGACUACUGCAUCGUAAAGCUAAUAAAGGAUGGAGAUGAUGAUUCGCUAGAGGGUCUGUGCAGAAUACUCUUCACCAUUGGCAAAGACUUGGACUCUGAGAAGAACCAGCCCAGAAUGGAUGAACACUACACCCAGAUUAAUCUGAUACAGGAGAGAAGGAGGACCUCCCCCAGAAUCCGCUAUAUGCUUCAAGAUGUGCUGGACCGCAGAACGCUCCAUUUGUACAAGGGCCAGAAGGAAGACCAUUGAAGACCAGGACCAUGUGUUUUUACAAUUCCUCUGUCCUGUGUCUGUGUUCUUUUGCCCAUCUUAAUCUGUUUUCUUUUAAUUGGUCAGUCUUAGAUAUGGCUUUUUCAUUGCAACUCUGCCUAGAAGGCCAGCAUCCCUGAGUUGCCUCUUCUCUGUUGAUGUUGAGACUGGUGUUUUGCGGGUACUAUUUAUUGAAGCUGCCAGUUGAGGACUUGUGAGGCGCCUGUUUCUCAAACUAGACACUCUAAUGUACUUGUCCUCUUGCUCAGUUGUGCACCGGGGCCUCCCACUCCUCUUUAUAUUCUGGUUAGAGCCAGUUUUCACUGUUCUGUGAAGGGAGUAGAACACAGCGUUGUACAAGAUCUUCAGUUUCUUAGCAAUUUCUCGCAUGGAAUAUCCUUCAUUUCUCAGAACAAGAAUAGACUGGCUAGUUUCAGAAGAGAGUUCUUUGUUUCUGGCCAUUUUGAGCCUGUAAUCGAAGCCACAAAUGCUGAUGCUCCAGAUACUCAACUAGUCUAAAGAAGGCCAGUUUUAUUAAUUCUUUAAUCAGCACCACAGUUUUCAGCUGUGCUAACGUAAUUGCAAAAGGGUUUUCUAAUGAUCAAUUAGCCUUUUAAAAUUAUGAACUUGGAUUAGCUAACACAACGUGCCAAUGGAACACAGGAGUGAUGGUUGCUGAUAAUGGGCCUCUGUACGCCUAUGAAGAAAUUCCAUACAAAAUCAGCCGUUUCCAGCUACAAUAGUAAUUUACAAUAUUAACAAUGUCUUUACUGUAUUUCUGAUCAAUUUGAUGUUAUUUUAAUGGACAAAAAAAUUGCUUUUCUUUCAAAGACAAGGACAUUUUUAAGUGACCCCAAACUUUUGAACGGUAGUGUAUAGAGUCCAAUCACAAGAACUGAACUUAGCCUGUGGUACACUCCUACUCUGUUGGAAUGAGCGACUGUUAUCUUUGUCCUUGCCAUUUUGCAUUGAAAUGCAUGUUUCUUGUGGGUUACCAGGUUUCAAUUCAACCUUUUUAUGCAAGUAAAGUACAGAUGUAACUCCCGAGGGUCGCAGCGGUCUAAGGCACUGCAUCUCAGUGCUAAAUGAGUUACUACAGACCCUGGUUCAAUUCUAGGCAUUUCACAACUGGCCGUGAUUGGUUGUUCCAUAGGGCCGUGCGCACAAUUGGCCCAGCGUCGUCCGGGUUAGAGUUUGGCCGGGGUAGGCCGUCAUUCUAAAUAAGAAUUUGUUCUUAACUGACUUGCCUAGUUAAAUAAAGGUUAAAUAAAUACAAAUAAAAAUGUAGGAUCUUAAUUUGAGGCAGUUUGUUAUAGCGGGAAGAUAGUCCUGCAGCAACAGUAAAUGUGGAUGUUUUUUGUUGGGGUUGCUGCAUUUUACGUUAGGACAAAUCAAGUCUGACAUUUUAAAGUGGAAAUUACAAACUUUAGAAAGCUUUUUAAACUUUGAAUAUGCUACAAGUUUGCACUGACUGCUAUGCAAGAAAUUCACUUAUGCACUUAAAUAUAAGAGUACAAGCACAGAGGUGAUUGGCAUCUGUGUUGGCUCUAUGAUAAUUUACCACGUUAACCAAGGCUGUCUCUGUGCUGUGGUGGGCACGAAAACCAGAUUUGGAUUUUUUCAAAAAUGAAAACAAUUGAUUAACAAUAGAUUGUACUUUAGAUAUGCAAUUAAAAACUAUUUUGAAGGUGGUGGAAUAGGAUCGAGAAGGCAGAUGUUGCCAGGCCAGCUCAUGGCUUAAGUUGUGAUAUCACUUUCCUGAGCAUGUCUGUGUCAACCUGGGAAAAUGAAUCCAUCGUGCCUUUGUGUGGUUGGCUAGGGCACAUAUCAAACUUUUCAUCGGGUCUUGCUAAAUGAAAGCUUGAUUAACUGGCCCGGUGAGCUUGGCAGAUGUUGCCCGGGCCAGCAGGCAGCCCUGGAUGUUGACCGCUGCAGUCUCUAGCUAAUCCACUCCUUGUACUCUAUGUCAUGGGCCAAAGAAAAAACACCACCUGCAGGAGAAGACACAUUUUGUGCCCAGUUAUCCCUCUCACUUCGCCUCUUCCACAUUUCAGUUAAUUAUUAUAGCUUCUGCCUUGGGCCAAUCAGUGUAAUUUUGUAAAUGCUGGAACUCUAUCGCAGGACGCAUUAUUCACCCAAGUUUUGUCGAAAUUGGGCCAGUGGUCGUGUGCGACUAACGUUCAGAUGGACAAAUGGAUGGAGACCGAUCCACUGUCCCCUUCUCGGUUUCAUCAUGGGGGACAACAUCAUAUCGAAACUUGGAGUCACAACAUGACAUGCUGUCUGGUCCUCCCACUAUGACUCGGGGAAAGCAUUGAAGUUUAUUCAAUUCAGGGAGGUGAAAGUGCGAGGUGAUGAACUUGAUGCUCCUUUCUAAUCAACAUCCAGGGUCUUAUUCUGACAUGAUGAUCGAUGCUUGGCUGCUUUUUGACAAAUAAAAUAUAUAAAUAAUAAUCUCAUGUAGGCUAUACCCCCACUGUAUCUUCGAGCGGUUGGCUACAGUAGAUACCACAGUGGGCACAUUCGCUCUAUAACGCAACAUAUUUUGUGGCAAAAUCAUCAGUAGAGUUGAAAAUGCAAUGGAAACCCAUUUUACUUGUAUUUUUCAUUUGGUACAUGCAGGAAUUUAACUGCAAAAGUUGUAUUUAUGUGCACUAUGUCAUCACCCACAGCCUUUUAUCGGCAACAAGUAAAUUUGAUGGAAACAUCUCUGGUGAGAAAAUGCUAAUAUUAGAAUAUUUGCAUGAAAAUCUGUCGCCAAUUGAGUGGAAACCUAGCUUGUGUUGUAAUAUGACUUAUUUCUACUUUAAUAUGCUUACAAAUAAAGUACCUGAUGAUAUAA